CAAAGAACCUUAGCCUCGGAAACAUAGACGAGUGGCUGAGAAAUGGCCAUGGAAGUCUCGGUCUGUCACGGCACCCAAACACCCAACCUCCCUUCUUUUCGUCCCCAACGCAAAAUCAAACACCAUCGUCCAGAGACUGGCUUGAGCUUUAAGGUUGGCAAGUGGGGAUUGAAUUGUGGAUUAGCAGUGAGAUGCGCAACUUCGGAGGCUGAAAUAGAAAAGGAAUGGGAAGCUGAGAUGAACCCAGAUAAGGAGGAGUGGAUGGCAUCAGUGGGGUGGUUGAGACACAAGUGUGGAGAGAAAAGAGGUGUGGUGGAGCUGUUGGAGUGUUUGGAACGCGAAGCAAUUAUGGGAGAAGAUGAAGGAAGAGAGCCUACUGACUACAACCGACGGGCUCAAAUCUUUCACAAGAGUUCCAGCGUUUUCCAGGCUCUCAAGGAACGUAAAGCCUCUUCUAGAGAACUCGCAUGAAAAUGUAGUGAAUUAUCCAAUAAUGGCAAUGAUAUUUUAUGAUA